AUGUUGGAGGUUUUCUUCGGUCAGCUGAUCAGGAAAGCCGGCUCUGUGAUUGGCUGCACUGCUGAAGCUGCGGUGGAGAGGAAGACGCCUAAAAAUCCCACUACUGAAGAACCGCUCAGCAGUUCAGAGCAUCAUCAGAUCCAUGACCAGGAGGUGGAACCAGUGCUGGUGUGGGUUCCCAGUGGGAGACGCAUAAUGUCUGGUUUACUGGGUCUCAAUGUGAUGGUGCUGGGGGCCGCUCUGGUGGCCGGCCAAGCCUUCAACCCAGAGGGCCUGACCCACCAGGAGCCUGAGGUGUUCCUGCUGGUGCUGAUGGGGGUCAGCCUGGUCUGGAUGCUCUGGUACCUGCUGUGGGCCAGGAAACAGUCGGGUAUAUCCCCACAUAAAGACCAUCAUGCUGGGGGAAUCCCUAUCAUCUUGGCCCUCGUGCUCUUUUCUGCCUUCAGCCUGCUGCUGUUCAUCUGCAGGGUUGGUUAUUUGAUGAGUAUGAAGGAGUGCAAGCCAGCUGUCACACUGCUUUCUCCGUUCAUAGAGGCUCUUUUUCUCACUGUACAGACAUAUUUAGUGUGGAGUCACUCCAAAGACUGCAUUCACACACACAAGAUAUCCACCAGGUCUGGGUUGAUGGCGAUCCUCUCCACUGACCUGCUGCUGUGGCUGAAUGUGGUGACAGAGGACAGCAUCCACAUGGAGAUUGAGAUGGAAAAAACAAACACCACAAGCUCAUCUGAAGAUGACAGCUUGGAGUUAAUCGGGAAUUUAACUUUGUGUCGGUGCAGUGUGAGUACAGCCUGCCUCGCCUUCAGGAAGGGCUUUGAGAUCCUUUAUCCCUUCAACAUUGAGUACUACCUGAUGGCAGGCGGGAUGAUCUAUGUGAUGUGGAAGAACGUGGGCCGCAGGAUAAGUCCAGGUCACCACCACGCUGCUCAGAAGCUGACUCUACGCAUCUUCUACAGAGGUGGGAUCACAUUCGGCCUCGUGUUUGGGGGCCUGGUCCUUGUUGCAGGAGUGACUGCCUUCAUUCUCUAUCAGGUCUGGGUGACCCAGCCGGACCUUCGCCUCACCGCCUUCCUCAUAUUUUAUGGCUACCAUGUAGUGGUCAUGCCCCUCAUGUCUCUUUGCUGUCUGAUCGGGAUACUAGUUUACAGACUAGAGGCGAGGGCACACGAAGGGGGGCACAACCCCACCCGUAGUCUGGAUGUGAUCCUCCUGUUGGCAGCGUCCCUGGGCCAGCUUGUACUGUCCUAUUUUUCCCUUGUAGCGGGUCUGGCUAUGGGAAACCGCGAUCUUCUGGGGGACCUGGAUCUGUCCUACUCCCUCUUGAGCCUGCUGGAGGUCGUCCUCCAGAACAUCUUCAUCAUCGACGGCCUCCACAGGCACCCGAACCUCAUCAGGAAGGAAAAGCAGUGGAGCAGGAAUGUAAAGCUGAAGAUGAAGGUCGCUGUGCCAGCGCAAGAGAACAAGAAGCCAGAGAUUUCAUUCCUGGAGAUCAAAACAUCAGCAUCCCCCACUGUUGAAGAGCAUGAUGGGAAGAAAUCCUGGACCAGAAGAGCAACACAAGAGAUCUGUGCUUUCCUCAUUCUCUCGAACAUCAUGCUGUGGGUGAUUCCUGCGUUCGGAGUCCAUCCACAGUUCGAGAACAGCCCAGGAAAACAGUUUUUCGGCUUCAGCGCUUGGCUCGUUAUGGUGAAUCUGGGUCAGCCGCUCGGUGUCUUCUACAGGAUGCACUCUGUGGGAGCUUUAAUGGAGCUGCUCAUCUCUGCAUAAAGAGCACAGACUCAUCCCGGUUACACUAGACUGGUUCACAUUAAAAAAGUGGAUUUAAUGUGAAGUUAUUUUUAGGUCAGACCUUUUUGAUAAUGUUCCAGGAGACUGGUGAUGUAUGUGUGUGUAAGGAUUUUUAAAAAAGUGUGAGCAUUUGACAUCUUCUGGAUGAACUGGAAUCAAGUCACCAUCAGUGAGGCUCUUGCAGCCAUCAUCCGAGCAGUGUGAGCGGCAGAUUAAGGUCCAAAGUGUCUAUGAUGACACUUUCCCUGCGGUCACUCACUGGAGCACCAAACACUGAUAUU